AUGCCACCAAAAAAAGGAACUACCACCAAAGCAACAACUGAAAUUGAUACUGAUCAGAAACAACAAAAAAAACAAGAUGAAGAAAAUCAACAACCGACAGAUACGGAACAAUCAAGUCCAAAGAAAGCUACAAGUGAAUCAAAAAAAUCUACCAAUACUAAAGCUGGUCAAUCACGAAAGAAAGGUGAAGCUGAAAAACUUCAACAAGAAGCAUCUGGUUUUAUUGAACGUACAAAUAAAAAAUCUGAAAUUGGUGAAGAUUCAAAUGAAGAAGAUCAUGAUGAUGAACAAUCACCAAAGAAAAAUCAUAGUUCAUCAACAACUGAAGUAAAACAAACAACUAAAACUACUACAGGUCGUGGUGGUAAACGACAACCAACUAAAAAUAUGGCAAAACAUGAUGAACAAAAUGAAGAAGAUCAAGAAAAUGAAAAAACAAGUACUUCAGCUAAACCUGCAGGUAAAGGCAAAGCUGCUGCUGCUGCUGCACAAAAAAAUAAAAAAUCUGAAGAAGAUGAACAAAAAGAUGCUGGUACCGGUGAAGAUGAAGAAGCUGAAAAUGAAAUUGAUUCACCAAGUAAAAAAACAAAAGGUAAAUCUACUCGUAAACAAGCUCAAAAAAAUAAAACAACUACUCAAGAAGUUGAAAAUGAACAAAACGAUGAAAGUGAUACAAAAAAGAAAACAGCAGCUGGUAAAAAGGGAAAAGCUCCUGGUUCAUCAAAAAAACAAACAACAUCUGAAAAUGAAGAAAUACCUAUGAAUGAUGAACUUAAAUUAUCAGAAGAUGAAGAAACUUUGGAUGAUAAAUCUAAAAGUGCAACAACAAAAAAAGGAGCAGCAAAACGAUCAGCACCAGCAUCGGGCAAAAAACCUAGUGCUAAAAAGAAAGGACAAAAUGAUGAACCGUUUGAAGAUCAUACAAAUGAUGAGAAAAAUGAAGAAGUUGAAAAUAAUACUGAAGAUGAAGCUUCAACAGCUAAACAACAGAAAAAAGGUCGUACAGCUGAUAAAGCUCCAACAUCAACGAACAAGACAAAUAAUCGUGGUGGCAAGAAACCCAAAGCUACAUAA